GUAAGAGACGCCCGUGAUUUUCACCCCCGCGUGCGCGCGCGCGCCCUCUUCCUCCCCCCGCGUUUUCAACAGGGUUUAUAAAAUACACGUAUACACAAGGAUACUGAAACAGCCCCGUACGCACGUCAACACAAAGAGGUUGAUCAACAUAUACGACUAGAAAACAAAGCUUCGAGCAUUGUUCACAAUACGGGCACUUGUUUUUCGAUAUUUCAUAAAAACAACGGUGUUUUCAUCUAACUGGUUGUUUCGUCUGUCGAUGCCCGGUGUGCCUCCUGGACAAUUGUCACUCGAAAAAAAGCAUGUACAUAGACACACGUAUAAUUGAACUGAAAAUUUUCGAAGCCCGAGUUCUCGGGAGCAGUUGAAGCGUUACGAUUUUCAUCGCGACACAAAGGCGCCCGGGGAUCAUCAUCCUCGAAAGAUAUUCGGCUGAGGGACACGCGGCUAGAUAACCCGAGGCCGUGGGUCGACAGAUGGGAACGUUUGAAAGUAGAUUAAAAAAUAUAAUUUGACGAAUCGUAAUGAGCGAAGCGUGGAGUGCUCAAGCAGCUGAAAAGGAUCGUCGCGUUUCUCUGGUUAACGUCGACGGGAAGCAGCGAACCGAGUAAGAGGGCCGAAGCAUCAAGGAGUCGAGCCGGAGGACUCGACCUUUUGGCCCACCGCGUCAUUGAACUUAUCACAGUGUGCUUGCUUCGAAAGAGCAACGGAGAAUGUUGUCUCGGGACAGAAAUAACAAGUGAGGGCGGUUUCUCGCUUCGGUUACAGUGCGGUUCGAUUGACCCGGAAUAUCGUGAGUGAUACGAGUGUGUCGUCGUUGUCGUCGUCGUCGUCGGAAUGCGGAUCAAGAGCAAACGAAGAUUUCCGGAACGGAAAGCCGCUCGGCCGGAGGAACGAAAUUAAAAGGGAAAAUUAUAAUAGGAGGAUAACCUGAACGACUGUUGAUGUGCGCACCGUUAUAAUCACCCUGUGGCUCACGAAGACCCCUUUUCUCGUGCACAACCAGCCACGAUUGUACGCUCGCGUGACCCAGUGCGUGCUGCUCUCCUUGCCCCGUCAUCCACGUCGGCGUAUUUCCCCCGUUUCUCUUCACUCGCGUAUGUUUUUUGAGUUCUAUUUUUCCCCUUUUUUAUGACACACGUAAAAUUCAUAAAAAUAUGGAAAACUGGUGCACGCGAUGGGCGAUACACGGUGGAAUAGUAAAAGGAAUACGAGAGCAAUGAGCUCCUCGUAAAUGCUCUUGUAGACGGGAAAAUCAAAUGGAUGCUGCGAGGGAGAUGAAACUAAGGGAAAAAUAGUACGUCACCGGCGUUGGAAUCGUACCUUUGAAAUAAAGUGGUAGGAACCCUCACCAAUCCUCACGCCGUCCGCGUUACGCGGGUCAGGGUACCACCAGACUUUCCCUACAUUCAAUAUUAUCUCAUCUCUUUCACGUCGCUUCAUCCCCCACGUCGUCAUUGCUCCUUGACUCAAGGAGCCUACGGGGGAAUCAACGUUCUUUGCUCUGCACGAGACUACGACCUAAUCACAACAAAACCUCUGGAAUAUCGUGUAUCCGACGUCGAGUUGACACGCGACAUGAUAAAUCGCUCAUUACUUUCCCAGUUCAAUGUCUCGUUGAAAUAUUUUUCUUACAGUUGAACUGAACGCGUGUGACAGUGCGACAUAGAAAAAUUGUGUGUAAUUAAAGAUGUCAAGAGGAUUCUGUCAUUAAUUCCACACGAGUGCCGAUUCUUACGACAGGCAAACAUUCGUCUGGCCUCAAAAGAAAAAAACGCCUCGAAUGUGGAUCCCGGCGACACGAGACUUUAACAAGAAAAUCAAAAACGCGCUGAAGUGAUGAAAAAAAUGAGCAUUUUUUAAUAAUAAAAUCAUGAAAAAUAUUUUUAAAAAAAUACGUACACCAUUCUGAAUAAACGACGCAGCUUGUGUAGAGAUGAAAACGUGUAGUGCAUACCCUUAAAUAAGUAACAUUGUAAACGAGUUGCUAAAGAGAACAGACGAUUGACAAACCGCCUCGAUAAAAUAUAUUUACGUAUUAGGAUACUCCUCAGCUUGAAUCGCCAACCUCAGCAAUCUUUGUAUUUCGUAACUUAAGGAAAUGCUCAUCCGAUGACUGUGACUCGUAGUUAGCUUGACGUCCCUCGUCGAUUUAAAAAACGAAAGAAAUAAAAUAAAAUAAUUAAAAAACAAAAACAAAAAACACUCGUAAAGAAAUAACGUUCAGCUUGAAACACUAACAUGAUCGACAAACGACAAACGAGAUGGAAAAAUUGAAUGAAAAAAGACUUUUUAACGUUUUCUUUGUAUAGUUGACUAGUUGAAAGUGGGAAGCAAGCGUGCCGUUGUAACCAGGCUUGCUGCUGCUUAUUGAAACUCUUUUUCAAUCUCAAAGUUCAGCAUCGAUGUUUGUCUCGUGCCGAGAAGUUAUCAGUACCGUUCGUACCCAACAGUGGAUGGGACACUCGACAAAAAGCAUAUUGACGAAAAGUAAAGAGCAAAGAUAAUAGCCGAAACAAAAGAUCGAAUAGAGAAAAUAGAAGAAACGGGAAUAAAGUGAAAUUCAAAGAAGGAGCGCCGACGACGAACAGAGAAAGCGUGACUGCGCCGAGUAAUUCACCCCGAGUUGACGGCAGUUCCACAAUACAGCUCGCACAGACCUUAUCUCCUUAAGCUACGUGUAAUUCCAAACCUGCUAUUAACCACGUGCUAAAAGGAUCCACGUAUUACCAUGAGCUAUCGGUGACCCUCAUCGCUACUGAGGAAAGGGAAACGUGUCUGAGCAGAGGGAAAGAAAAAAAUUAUCUUCGUUUUCCCGGAGCUGUAAAUUAGCCAGGGAAUUUUCAAAUUACCAACCCUUUCGAAUGAGUUUCGCACAGUAUUUCGUCAACUUGGAUAGAUGUAGGAGAAUGCGGCGCUCGCGAUAUGUUGCUCCGUAAGUGUCGCUCUUCGUAUUUAGCUCGUGUGAAAGAAAAAGUAAUCGUGACUGUUCGCUUUGAGGGAUGAAGUAAAACGGAAUCCUCCGAAAAAAUCGAAACUCCGUGGAACGCAAGAGGUUUGGAAACAGAGAAAAGAUAUGCUCUGAGCAGGUGCAUGGACGUGCGAUGAGAUCAGAUCGCUCGUCCUUGCGAUUUAAAGCGCCGGCAUCGGUCGAUGCAGGCCGUCACCGCUAUCACCAUGGUCUCAACACGAGAAAUCAGAUUAACGUUGUAUUCUUGAUAAGACAAUUGUUCCAAGCCGAGCCGAGCUCCGGUGCGAAUAAAGCCCUGGGAAAAGGAGGAGCGAGGGAAACCGUGAAAAACAAGAGGGUCAGAAAAAAUUCUUGGAUUACACGGAGAACGAUCACAGUUGGACAAGCGACGAUGAAGUUUGUGAAAAAUGAUUUUUAUACAUUAGGAAUGAUGCUGUUAGCGAUGUUGACCGGGACAUGUGAAAUUGUCAGGUGGCAAUGACAUCUCGACGAACCGGGGGGUUCGAGGGGUCCUCGGGCAAAGGUCCUCCGAGUCCCUCGAGCAGCGGUUCGGAGGAUAACGGUUUUGUGAACCGUCCGACGGUGGCGGGUCUUUACGUGAAGAAUCUGAGCAGGGAGGAACUCGACAGUUUGGCGGAGGAAGGUAUUUACGGGGCUAAAGGUGACCCUCGGGACCGAGGGGUCCGGGAGGUCGGUGGUGGUAGUCAGCGGAGUCUCAAUCUGCCUGGUACGAGUAGGGACUUUGAUUCGUCAUUGUCGUCGCGCUAUCACCGAGUCCCGGUAUCCAGGACACCUCAGCCAACGAGGAAAUCCUCAAAUAGUGGGAGAUUUUACCAGCAAGAUUCGUCGGGCAGCGGCAGAAGGUUGAAUGCGCCAUUGGACGAGUCGUUGACGGGGGGUCGAGAAUUGCGCGGUUUUCCGGGCUCCAGUUUUGUCAGUGGAACUCGACGAUCAGAUUUUCGGAUACCGUUUGCCGCUGAAACGCGAAGUAGCCUUACGAGCGUCGUCAGACGAUCGGACGACUCGGGAGCUGGGCGCGAUGACUCCUCGGCGCGAAGCUCGCCCGAGUACGAGGACCCAACGAGGUCGUCGAAACAAUCGGACGACGAUUCCUCGAGGCUUUCACCGACCGGCUACGAGGCGUUCGACCAGGAAGACAGUCCCGAAAGAUCGGGGGCAGCCGAGAUCGCUGGACUGCGGCGCUAUGGCGAUGACACUUUUGAGGACGACGAUGAACAAAUGGAGCACGGAGCUGGUGGUUCGUCGUCGCAUACACUCGUCGACGAGCUGGUCAUGGAUGGAGGAGCUUAUGACAGAAGGCUCGACGACAAUUCACCUCCGUCGUACUCGGCUGCAGCGACAGCCUUGAGUCCACCCGAAUACGAAAUCGGUGACUCGCUUUCACCGCUUUUUCCACGAUGUCCGGUCCGAUCUUACGGCAGCUCUCAAUACGGCGAGGCCAAACCUCUCGGCGAGGUUAUUCCAGGCUUCGUCACUUACGAGACCCGCCAGAAUCUUCGCGACGGUAAAGCUCCCCGUUCCAACGAAUCUAGCAGAGCUGAAGACUUCGCCAGUCCACCAGCCACUAGCCCACAAAGUCCCACGACUCGCGACAAGUCCAGUCCCAACGACGAGGAACAUCAGGAGCCUGAUGACUCGUCGAAGAAGAUCCCAACGCGGUUCCGCUCCCAAGACAGUACACGAUUGCGACCACCGCUCGUCGGCACCGCGGGAACUUCAGCUGAUUCCGGCACCGGCGACUCCGGAAGCGCCGAAAUUCAAACUGACGCACUUGGCAACAUUCAACUGCUGGGGCCUGACGGACUCGAACAAAAAUCAAGCAGCAACGAUGGCCAUUCACCGAGCGAUGCCAAGACCCCAGGCAAAGGAGGCAAGCAAACCGUCAAACCAUUCACCAAAGAGAGCCUCGACAGGCUUGAGAGUCGAACGGUUCAACUUGUACGGGAUUAUGGCUUUCAACCGCGCAGAAAAACCUCGGUGGAGGAUGGUGCUGUGCUUCCAAACAAGUUCGAGCCGUUUCCAUCCGAUCUCUACGGUCGGCCACUCGAGGAGAUCGAUAAUUUUAUUUACGAUGAGACUUUCUGUGUGGUCUCGAAAAGGUUUCGUAAGAACUAUAUUCAUCGUUUCACAGCCACGAAGAGCUGGUUCAUAUUCUCACCGUGGAAUCCAAUGAGACGUUGCUGCAUCUUCCUCAGUACUAAUCAGUACUUCGAUUAUGUGGUCAUGACGACCAUACUACUAAAUUGUGUCUUCCUAGCCAUGACCGAGACCGUGGAAGAAGCCGAAUAUAUCUUCCUGGCGAUCUACACGGCGGAAAUGGUGAUAAAGUCCGUAGCCAAGGGCUUCAUACUCAACAAGUACACAUACCUGAGAAAUCCGUGGAAUUGGCUGGACUUCGUGGUGAUAACGAGUGGUUACGCGACGAUCGGUAUGGAAGUUGGAAAUUUAGCUGGUCUGCGAACGUUCAGGGUGCUCAGAGCACUGAAAACCGUCUCUAUCAUGCCUGGUCUGAAAACUAUCAUCAACGCGUUGCUACAUAGCUUCAAACAGCUCGCCGAGGUCAUGACAUUGACGAUAUUCUGCCUCAUGGUGUUCGCGUUAUUCGCGCUUCAGGUUUACAUGGGCGAGUUGAGGAACAAGUGCGUGAAACAUCAAGAGCCCAAUGUCACUCAGGUCGACUGGAUGGAGUGGACUUGGAACUCAUCCAACUGGGCGUUCAACGAGGACGAGGAGCCCAUCAUAUGCGGCAACGUCACUGGAGCCAGGCACUGCAAUGAGAGCUACACGUGCUUGUGUGUCGGCCCCAACCCGAACCACGGUUAUACGAACUUCGACAACUUUUUGUGGUCAAUGCUUACAACCUUUCAACUCAUCACUCUCGACUAUUGGGAGGACGUCUAUAACAAGGUAUUGUCGGCGUGCGGACCUAUCAGCGUCUCGUUCUUCACGGUGGUUGUGUUUUUCGGCUCAUUUUACCUCAUCAAUCUGAUGCUUGCCGUCGUUGCGCUCAGUUAUGAGGAGGAAGCUGAAAUUACGAACGAGGAACGGAAGAAAGAUUUGACCGACCAUCGUGAGGACUCGACGUUUAGUUUCGACCCGACCAAAAUCAACAUAAAAACUCUGACGAAGGAUAAACAGAAAAAAAUCGAUCCUCACAAGGGUGUGCUGUUGAGUAGUUACACAAGGAAAAAAACGAGAAGAAGAAAACGGGGCAGAAGCGUCGCCGGACAUGAGAAGAACGGUGGAGCACGCAGCAGAUCCGUAACUCCAAGCCCAAGCCCAAGCCCGCGUCACUCGAGCGUUCGCCCUUCCCAUCUUCCACUUCAGGCAGUAACCCCGAAGCCGCCGGACGUAAAUACGGUUCACAGGUUAGCGCCGCAUCGCGGGAUGCUCCAUUCGAGACAGGCGAGCAACAACAGCAACCAGCAAUCGUCCCUCGACGAUUCCGGAGUCGUUGACGACCACGAGGGCGAUGACGUCACGUCGGCCGAGGAACACGAUCGACGCGAGCACCGCGAGCACAGAAUCGAGAGACAAGAACGUACGUACGAGCAGAGAAAAAUCGAACCGAGAAUCGACAGACCACCUGCUCCCGUAACCGUUUCCGUCAGAACGGGCAAUCGUGAAAUUAGAGUACUCAAGUGCAAUGGUGUCAAAACCAAAAAGCAGUUGUACACACUGCCUCCCGAGUACUUAUCGCAUAUCGUCGUUCUAGACGAUCUUCCGGACCGUAAUUGCGACAAAUGUAUACAAUGUUGCGUCGACUACGAAGGAUGGUUACGUUUUCAGAAUUGUCUGUACAAAGUAGUUCGAGAUCCGUUAUUCGAAUUGACAAUAACGUUGUGCAUUGUACUUAACACGGGUUUUUUGGCGUUGGAGCAUCACGGUAUGAGUGAAUCGGUAAGACAAGCGUUAAACAUCGGUAACAAAGUGUUCACAAGUAUAUUCACGUUCGAGUGUUUUCUCAAGCUGUUGGCACUUAGCAAGGACUUCUUUAACAACGGUUGGAACAACUUUGAUUUAAUAAUAGUAUCGGCUUCGUUGAUUGACUUGACAUUUGAGCUAGUAGACGGUUUAUCGGUUAUUCGAGGACUGAGAUUGCUCAGGGUACUGAAACUCGCACAAUCUUGGACGACGAUGAAAGUACUGCUGAGUAUAAUAAUAUCGACGAUCGGUGCGCUCGGUAAUCUAACGUUCGUACUCGUUAUCGUGAUUUACAUAUUCGCGGUGAUCGGUAUGCAAUUGUUCAGCAAAGAUUAUACGCCGGACAAAUUCUUUCCGGACCCGGUGCCACGUUGGAACUUCAACGAUUUCUUUCACUCGUUCAUGAUGAUAUUUCGUAUACUUUGCGGCGAGUGGAUCGAGCCGUUGUGGGACUGCAUGAGAGCGGAAAAGGACGAGGGACCGGAAACGUGCUUCGCGAUAUUCUUACCGGCUCUGGUGAUGGGCAAUUUCAUGGUCCUCAAUCUCUUCUUGGCCUUGUUGCUCAACAGCUUCAAUUCGGAAGAAUUGAAACAGAAGAAGGAGGAGGUCGGCGAGGACUCGAAGCUCGCCCGAUCCUUCGAUCGCAUCAGAUCAAUCGUCCGAAAGAAAAAGUACCGGAAGGAGAACUCUGAAAACGAAAAAAAUAUGAGACUCGAGCAAAUAGUGAGGGAAGUAAUGGACAAGUCGGACAAGGAAAAAUACGCGAUACAAGAGACUGUGCUGAGCCUUCCAAAAGACAAUAUUUACAAUAGAUCGUAUCAGGAGAGUUUGAACCAACCGGUAUUCACGUACGAGCCGAUCUACCGGCAAGCAACAGUCACCACUUACAGCGCCAGCAGCCAGGAAACUAUUAAACCGAGAGACAGUAAAAAACUCGACGAGAGAUGCGACAGCAACGAUACAAAUCAGGAAGAAAACAUCGAGAUGGAGGUCCUCAAAGAGCCGAAAAAGCCUGACGAAGAAGUCGCCAUGCUGCCUGAAAAAGACAAACCAAAGAGGGACGAAAAAAUCGAGAAACGCCCUUGGCACGCCCUCGUUAGUUACGUCGACGAAUUGACCGUUGGUGGUCGUCGCGAUAGCAAAGGCCGAUACAUCGAUGGCAUGGGCUCGUUUCCCGGCUUCGGUAGAAACAGACCGCCGAAAGUGCCACAGGACUGCUUUCCUCAGCAUUGCUAUCAAAAGUGCAGCUGCAUAAAUCGUUGCGUUGCUACGGACAUUGGGAGAAAGUGGACAGCGGUGAGAACGGCUGUACUUUCGGUGGUCGACACCCCAGCCUUCGAGUGGAUGAUAUUGGUUUUGAUUUUUGCAUCUUCCAUAACACUAUGCUUCGAGGACAUAUAUCUCGAUGAUAAUCCGUUUCUCAAAAAGAUACUCUACUGGACCAAUCUAGCAUUCUGCGCGCUAUUUAGUAUCGAGAUGCUUCUGAAGUGGCUAGCGCUAGGAUUCUGUAAAUACUUCACCAGUUUCUGGACAAUCCUGGAUUUUAUAAUCGUUUUCGUAUCCAUGUUUAGUCUUUUGAUAGAGGAAAAUGAAAAUCUCAAAGUGUUGCGGUCGCUGAGGACCUUGAGAGCACUCAGACCACUCAGGGCAAUCUCAAGAUGGCAAGGCAUGAGGAUUGUAGUGAACGCGUUGAUGUACGCAAUACCUAGUAUUUUCAACGUGCUCCUCGUCUGUCUCGUGUUCUGGCUGAUAUUCUCCAUUAUGGGAGUACAAUUUUUCGGGGGAAAAUUUUUCAAAUGUACCGACGAAAUUGGCGAGCUCAUCGAUAUUUCGAUAGUGAACACGAAGGACGAUUGCUUGAGCCAAAAUUACACGUGGGAGAACAGCAAGAUUACAUUCGAUCAUGUGGGCAUAGCAUACUUGGCACUCUUCCAAGUAGCAACCUUCGAGGGUUGGAUGGAAGUGAUGGAAGAUGCGGUUGACGCUCGAGGGGUUGAUUUGCAACCGCAGCGAGAAGCCAAUCUCUACGCCUAUCUUUACUUCGUCAUAUUCAUUGUUUGCGGAUCUUUCUUCACCCUUAAUCUCUUCAUCGGAGUCAUCAUCGACAACUUUAAUAUGCUGAAGAAAAAGUAUGAAGGUGGAGUGCUAGAAAUGUUUCUGACCGAGAGUCAGAAGCACUACUACACUGCCAUGAAAAAGCUCGGUCGUAAGAAGCCCCAGAAAGUUAUAAAACGUCCGAUCAAUCAAUUUCUCGCCAUGUUCUACGAUCUGUCCAAUUCAAGAAGAUUCGAGAUAGCAAUCUUCGUGUUGAUAUUUCUCAAUAUGCUGACAAUGGGUAUAGAGCACUACAACCAGCCGCAUCCAAUAUUCUUCGUGCUGGAAGUGUCGAACGCAUUUUUUACGACGGUUUUCGGACUUGAGGCUAUUGUGAAAAUAAUCGGUCUGAGAUAUCAUUAUUUCACGGUACCGUGGAACCUCUUCGAUUUCGUCCUAGUGUUAGCUUCGAUUCUCGGUAUCCUCAUGGAGGACAUUAUGAUUGAUUUUCCCGUGUCCCCGACGCUCCUGCGUGUCGUGAGAGUGUUCAGAAUCGGUAGGAUCUUGAGGCUCAUUAAAGCUGCCAAAGGCAUACGGAAACUCCUCUUCGCCCUGGUCGUCAGUUUACCAGCGUUGUUCAACAUCGGUGCACUCCUCGCUCUCAUUACUUUCAUCUAUGCGAUCAUCGGUAUGUCCGUUUUUGGACAUGUCAGAAAACAAGGGGCCCUCGACGAUAUGGUGAACUUUGAGACGUUUGGGCGCAGCAUGCAGUUGUUGUUUCGACUGAUGACUUCAGCCGGAUGGAACGACGUUCUCGAAUCAUUGAUGGUACAAUGGCCGGACUGUGAUCCAACACCAACGAGCCGGAAGAUAAACGGCGACUGUGGUUAUCCGCUUCUUGCGAUAACCUACUUCACCUCGUUCAUCAUCAUCAGCUACAUGAUUGUCAUCAACAUGUACAUCGCCAUUAUUCUCGAGAACUUCAAUCAGGCCCACCAGGAAGAGGAGAUCGGCAUAGUCGAGGACGACCUUGAAAUGUUCUACAUUCGAUGGUCAAAAUACGAUCCUCACGCGACACAAUUCAUUCGAUUCGGCCAACUGAGCGACUUCAUCGCGAGCCUAGACCCGCCGUUAGGAAUAUCAAAGCCCAAUGUUGUCGCAUUGGUCAGCUUUAAUCUUCCUAUCGCAAAGGGAAACAAGAUUCACUGUCUGGACAUUCUUCACGCACUCGUCAAGCACGUCCUCGGACACGUCGAAGAAUCAGAGGAUUUCAGAAAAUUGCAGGAACAAAUGGACGUCAAAUUCAAGAAACAAUUCCCAACGAGAAAGGAAUUGGAGAUCGUGUCUUCCACGAGAAUUUGGAAGAGGCAGGACAAGGCAGCAAGACUGAUACAGCGCACGUUCCGCGACUACGUUGCAAUGAAAAGGGAGCGCGAGAGAAUCGCCCAUGAGGUCGACUCGCAGACGCAAACAUCGAGCCCCGGUGGUAUCGGGAGCGAAGGUAGAGCCGGGGGUGGGUGGGGAGGAAAGCUUUCGGCCCUUCUGCACGUUCACAGAGGUAGUCGGGCCAGUAGCCGCAAGUCCUCAAGGGCCAGCGACGCCAGCGAUCUCAGCGAGUUAGGCGCUGCCUCGGCUUGGCUUUUUCCAAAUCUUCCUCUGUUGCUGCUCUCCGGCGCCACGGGAACCCACGAGGACCUGCAACCUCCCGCCCUCACCGUCUCCCGUCCCUCGCCAACCGCGGAACAACCCUCGGCCGCCUCGAGCUCCGGCUCCGACUCGCACGCAACCAUCAGGUCGUCAGGACCGACGUUGGGAAGACAAGAUGCUGUUGAAACUUACCCGGACGAGGAUGUGUUGAGUCCGCCAAUUUCAAAAAGAGGCUCACUGAGACCGAGUGGAACGGCACUAUCGUUAAACAUCCUCCAGAGAGACAUUAAAGAGGCGUUUAACCGACGAUGCGGUAGUUUACGAAAGAAACCCAAUCCGGAGCCUGUACCACUGCCUAUUGCGGAUGGCAGCGACGUCAGUAUACUUGUUACGGAGCCAAGCCCCGAUAGUACAACUGCUCCACCCGCUAGACCACCGUUGCUAAGACAACAGUCCGAGGCGACGGUGGUGCAUGUCCUGGUUCACAGGGAAAGCGAGGAAUAUCAGGAAACACCGGACGAUAGCUGAUCUUAGGUUAUAGAUGAUUCCAACCCGGAGAGCCUUCCGAAGUGAACACCCAGGAAUAAUAGUGAGAUAUAUGUUAACGAUUAAUAUACAUAUAUAAAUAUAUGAAGAAGUAAAUAUUUAUAGCUUAAAAGACAGGAAAAUCAUAACCAAUGAAGAAACAAAGAAAUUGCUCCCUCAUAUGUACCAUGUAACUUACGGAAUUUGUGUGGGUCCACAGAAUUUUUUUUACGUUCCACCUCGACUUGCGGCUCUUCAGGGUCGAAAUAAGUAGCUUGUGUUUCCUCCAUAUCUGUAAAUAUCUGUAAUCAAAAACCAGAGCUCGAAUUGAGCACCAAUGACUCAAUAUUUCGCCAACUGUCGAUCGAUUUCAAAUGAUCGUGAGAAAUAACUUCGUCAUUUCGAAACUGCAAAAUUGUUUAUUUCGGUAAUUCUUCGACUUAAGGCAACGGAUAUUCUAUUCUGUAGUUGCAAGAAAAUUAAACGAAUUUGGCCUGCCCCAUGAUUAUAUGCACCGCAUUACCGUAAUGUUGAUAUUCAAUGAAACUCGUGCUCGGUUUAAUGUUAUUAACCUACAAAUCGAGCGCGUCUCGGCAGGAAAAAGGCGCGGUUUUUACGUCGCACGAGACUCAUCUUUUCCGCCUUUCUCAAAUUUCGUCAAUUGUCGUUAAGAAAAAAAAGAAAAAUACACAUCGAAGUGACAGUUAAAUAAAAAAAUUCGUGAGAAAUGAUCGAGAAAAUGAGAGUUACAAUAUUGGUCAUUGGUGCUCUCGCAUGUGCGCUCAUUAAAUUUUCGGUUGACGUCCGGUGUUCUUUCCGAUACGUUGCUACCACUUACCGAAAUAGGCAUACCGCGGAACCAUGCAAAUAAAAAAAUCUGUAAAACAAAAAAAAAGAAAAACGAAGGCGAGAUAGGCGAGUUCGUUGUUGGCGACAGAGUCUUGUUUCGUAUAUUUCUUCCAAUCCUAUCGUAUACACACAUAGAGUCGAGAAGGCGGACGGAAAAAUAACCGAUUCUUUGGCACCUAGAGCCUUAAAACGUCGAUCGUAGAACGAAGAAAGAAAGCAACUGCCUCACGUCGUUAGAUUAUCGAGUAAACGCGAAAUAAAGUAGGUGAGGAGAAACAACAAAAGUUUAAUCCAAGUCUGCUGAGUGUUAAAGAACGGAGAACAAACGAGAUUUAAUUUUUAUCGAUGAAAACAGAAGAAAACACUGUACACGCAUUAACGAAAAAUAAAGUGAACAAAGGAAGACGGAGCCGCAGACACAGUUAAGUAGGUGUAGAUAAGAGAUAAAUUAUUUACGAUUAGAAUGAAGGACUGUUGAAAACGCGAGAUUCUCAUUGGCCUCUCACUUAUCGUUGAUCAUAACGAACUCUCGAUUGAACAAUGCGAAACAACGAAAAAGGCGCGAUCUAAUUUAGUAAUGACUAAAAAACAAGAGAAGCUGAGAAGCAUUAUUUAAAAAACCUUCAAUCGUCGAAUAUUGUCAGUUUAAAUGAAAAAACAACGAUUCGUGUGAGGCCACUGAUCUCGUGAACCUGGUAUUAUAAGAUAUAAGUCAAUUAAAGAUAAUUUUAAAGACAAAACAAAAACAGAAUGAACAAACAGGAAUCGCGACGAGCGAGAAAGCGUGAUCGUGUUAAAAUCACGGACAGAGAAGAUGCCCUUGAAAAUAAUGAUGUUGUAUACUCGAGUCGCUUCCCGACGAUGUCUCGACUUAAGGAAUAUCGUACACAUUUUUUUCUCUUUUUUUACAUGAAUAUUAGUAUGUGAGGAUAAUUAAGAGAAUGAAAAAUAAUACUGAGUGCGAAAUCGAGGAAAAUAAGGGAGAGGGAGAGACAGAAAUGAAACAAGAAAACUGUACAAUCAUUUGGCGAGUGACGUUGCAACGUCGUUAUAUAGACGACUUAGAUUUUAAAUUAAAUUAUAACCACUGUGAAAGCUCCAAACGAUCGUUAAGGAAGUUCAAGCGAUAUAUAUAUAGGAUAUCAUACGAAAAAUACAUUAGAUUUUAUUAUUCCAAGUUAACGAAUUGAAAAUUUGUCUGAAUCUUGUCGAACAGCGCUUAAAUACGUGUGAAAAAUUUGGAGAGGUUUCACCGCCUGGUAAUCGAGAUACUCAUCAUUGAAAAAUUACAGGUUAAACAUGGGCUCUUAUGGAAGCUUUCAAAAAAUUGCGAACUUCAACAACAAAUAUCGCAAUUUCGAGACGGUGAAUCAUUUACAUAUUCCGCCAGAAGUUUAAUACUGUCUUAAGCUUUCUGUUUAAAAAUUUUGAUUGUGCAAAGUUGGAAAAUAAUUUUUCCAUAAGACACGCUUGAAAUUCCUUAACGUCGUCGAUCCUCGCGCCCCCCCCCCCCCCCCCCCC